AUGGAACACUUUGAAAUUGAAAGAUAUUCAGAUGAUCAACAAUCCUUGGGUACCUCUGGGCGAGUUUCACUGUGCCAUACUAAUCAAAAUUUAAAGCAGCACGAUAAGUUCAAAAAAGAAAGGCAUAGCUUUACAUACGGUGACGUCCAUGAUUGCCCUUAUAAAACUUCAAGAAAUCAUCAGAAGGAUGAAAUUUCAGGAAAGAUAACCAAGAAGGAUGAAAUUGUGAGAUACAUGUCAAAUUUACCCUGCUAUCUAGAACGUGGUGAACACCUUCAGGAAAAAGUUCUUAGUGUGGGGGUUCUCAACUGGGGACGUCUUGAAAAAUGGCAGUAUGGUCACAAACAAUUAUCGAGCAGAAGUAGCUGGAAUCCAACAGUCAGAAGUAAUGGAUCUUCAUCCUCUUCAUCUGAUAGCUUGUCUCCCCACUUUGGCAAAGAUCACAUCACUCCUCGUCCACGAUUACAUCGGCCUUCACUCUAUUCUCACCUGUUAGCUUCUCCUCAUUCUCAAUUUGUUAAAUCCUGUGGAGAAAGUGAUGAAAAAGGUCAAGAUCUUAAAUUUGUCCAUAGUAACACCCUAAAAGGCCAAAGCAAGUCCAUAAAAAGCAACCAGCAUUCAUGUAAAUCUGAUCGGCAAGUAAAGAUAAAACUGAGAGACAGAGCAGGUCCAGAGACAGAAAUUCUCCAAGAAUGCAAAACUCUGCCAGAUGUGCUAAACUAUGAGGUUGCGUCUUCCCAAUGUGGGGAGCUUACUGGAGCAGAUAAUUUUCGUGCACAAAAAGAUUCUGCAGAUGAGCAUGAUGUGUUGGAAAAGCCUGAAGCAAUUGUCCUUUUGCCCAGCAGCUUAGUGAAAAUGAAUGAUACACAAGUCCCAGCAAGUCAGCAAAGCUUCAUGAGGAGGUCAACAGCGAGUUUCUCUCCAGAGCUCAACUGCAAGAUCCCAAACUCAAGCAAAGCACCUUGUGAAGUUAAUGGAAAUCAGUUUCCGCUAAAGCACCAUUGCUCCACAAAUGCAUCCAGUAAUUCUCGCUCUGUAUCCAGGUCAGCUAGAGCAGGAUGUAGUCCAUGCAAAUCUAGAAUAUCCGAAGCAGAAACAUCAGAUGUUGCACCUUUAAGUUCAGUGGUCAAGGAGGCAUCUAUUGGAUUGGAUCUGGGAGCAAGCACAGUUUCUGUUGACAAAGCAAGAAGCCCUUCACCCUUUAGUCGAUUAAGCAUCAGCAUGGGUAGGAGACGUAAAAGUUCCAAUUCCGCGGCCAAUUUAUGUGCUAAUGUUCAAGGUUCAGCUCACAUAUCUGUCCAAUCUGUAUCCGAGAAUGCUAUGUCUUCAGCUUGUUUGAGUGAGUUGAAAAAUGAUAAACCCAUCAAUACAAGCAGAGCUAGUUCCAGCCCUCUUAGAAGGUUGCUGGAUCCUUUGCUAAAGCCAAAGGCUGCGGUAUACCAUCAUGCCGUAGAGCCUACAGAGAAAGACUUACAUGAUGUGCCUGAUAAAAUAUAUAACAGACAGUCAAAUUCGUCAACCUUACCAUCAAGGAAGCUUAAGCUAGACAUGAGCAGAUGCAGGAAAAUCAGUGUCAACGAUACAGCUCUGGACAAGAAGCAGGGAUCUUCUGUAGUUCAUGCCCUUCUGCAAGUUGCAUUUAAGAAUGGUUUGCCUUUGUUCACUUUUGCAGUCGACAAUGUUUCCGACAUUCUUGCAGCCACGGUGAAGUUAACCAGUUCCAGAAAAGGGAAUGUUAGCCAUGUCUAUACCUUCUUCAUUGUUCAGGAGGUUAAAAGAAAGACUGGAAGUUGGAUAAAUCAAGGUAGCAAGGGGAAAGGUCGUGAUUACGUGUCCAAUGUCAUUGCACAAAUGAAUGUUUCUGAUUCAGAAAUUUCCCGGGUGGCCAAACCAUAUGGGCCUUCUACCAGAGAGUUUGUGUUAUUUUCUGUGGAUUUGAAACAGGAAGAUCACCAGACCUCAGAUUUCCUACCAAACGAAGAGCUAGCUGCUAUAAUUGUCAAAAUCCCCCCCAAAAUCAAGCAAGGCACUGCCACUGAUGAGGCUAAAAUAAAUGGUUACAAAAAUUUGAACAAAGGUGGAUCUAGAGAAUGUUCUCCUCAUUCCAAGGUUAGUGAGCCGGUUCAGCAUCCUGCUGGUAGUGAGUCCUUUAUCAGUACAACUGUUUUACUCCCCAGCGGUAUCCAUAGCCUCCCAAGUAAAGGCGGACCUUCAUCACUAAUUGAGCGUUGGACUUCUGGUGGAUCGUGUGACUGUGGGGGCUGGGAUUUAGGUUGUAAACUAAGGGUUUUUGCCAAUCAGAACCAAAUAAUCGAGAAAUCAAGUUCUUCUCAACCUGUUCCAAUAACAGGUCAAUUUAAGCUUUUCCCUCAGGAAGGAGUAACAGAAAACCAUUGCGUCUUGAGCAUGGCUGCUUUCAAAGAUAUGGUAUACACAAUUGAGUUCGAUUCUUCUUUGCCACUUCUGCAAGCGUUCUCCAUUUGUCUGGCAAUGAUAGACUGUAAGAACUCAUCCGAACUUUCAGAAUCCAGUAUCUUAUUUGAAGCAAAAACUACGGGAGAAUCAAAGUUAAUGCAUAAUGAUAGAUUGUGGACUACUAAUCUUGCUGAAAGAGAGGAUCCUGCAGAACACAUAUCUUGUCCGCCACUUUCUCCUUUUGGAAGGGUCUAGCUGAAAACCUGGACGUCGUUAGAUGUGUAAAUGAUUUCAGGUACACAUUUCCAGGCCCGGCAAUCACAUUUUACUCUUGUUGAUCGGGACCUUUCACAGAUAGAUCCAAAACCUGAAGGACGUUUUGUUUCUAGAAUGCUCUGUUCAAUAGUGGUCGGUCUAUACAUAGAGUCUAAGGUCUUUGUAGCUUUCAAUAUUUUUUCUGGUUAACAAUAGAGGAAAAAUAUAGUAUGUACUUUUAAGGGAAGCAAUCAAUAUCCAUCUAAGUGUGCAUAUUCAUGAGUA